AUGGCUUCAGUAGAUUUAAAGCAUGCAUAUUAUUCAGUGCCAAUACAUCCAGAACAUCAAAAGUAUUUAAAAUUUAAUUGGAAAGGGCAACUGUAUAAGUUUACUUGUUUCCCUAAUGACUUGGCUUUCUGUCCUAGAAAGUUUACAAAGCUGUUGAAACCAAUUAAUUCAUACUUAAGACAGCUAGGUCAUAUUUCUGUCAGUCACAUUGAUGAUUCCAAUCUUCAAGGUGGCGAUUAUGAUGAUUGUGCAAGUAAUGUGUUAGACACAACAAAAUUGUUUGACUCUGUAGGAUUUGUGAUCCAUCCUGACAAGUCAUCCCUGAUUCCUAAACAACAGAUGACCAUUCUUGGUUUUACAAUUAAUUCUGUAGAAAUGAGGGUUUACCCUAGUAAAGAUAAGGUGCCAAAAAUAAAAGCUUUAUGCACAGAACUUAUACAAAAUGCUGCCCCAACUAUUCGCCAGGUGGCGUCAGUGUUGGGUCUACUAGUAUCCAAUUUUCCAGCUGCGCAAUUUGGACCUUUACAUUUUAGAGACCUUGACAUGGACAAAACUGAGGCACUAAAACUAAAUAAAGGAAAUUUUGAUAAACAUAUGUAA